AUGGCGCUGCGCAACAUCUUCACCGCCCGAGAGGGCGUGUCCCAUAAUAUGAGAGAUCGCAAGCACAUGCUUGAGGACUCGGUCCGUAACCUUUUGAUCGUGGCGUUUGGAGAGUUUUGCGGAACCUUCAUGUUCCUCAUGCUGGGAUUUGCCGGAGCACAGACAGCCAUCAACAACAACGAGCCCGUCGUCCACGGGGGCCGCCUCGCCCCUGCCAGUCUCUUCUACAUUGCUUGUGCUUUCGGCACGGCCAUUGCCGUCAACGUGUGGGUGUUCUAUCGCGUGACGGGUGGCAUGUUCAACCCUGCCGUCACUCUUGGCUUGACACUGGUUGGCGCCGUCAAGCCACUCAGGGCCAUUCUCAUCAUCCCCUCCCAGAUCGUUGCCGCCAUUGCGGCUGCCGCCGUCGUCGACGGGCUGCUUCCCGGACCGCUGACCGUCGUCACGACCCUCGGCGACGGCACCUCCCAGGUCCAAGGUGUCUUCCUGGAGAUGUUCCUCACCGCUCAGCUGGUGCUGACGGUGUACUUCCUCGCUGUGGAAAAGCACAAGGCUACCUACCUUGCUCCCAUUGGCAUCGGCAUCGCCGUCUUCAUCGCCCACAUCGUCGGUGUCAACUACACCGGCGCUUCCAUCAACCCUGCGCGGUCCUUUGGCCCUGCCUGCAUCGUGGGCUUCGUCGGCUACCACUGGAUCUACUGGGUUGGCCCGCUGAUGGGCUCCCUCCUUGCCUUUCUCGUCUACUCGAUCCUCAAGUGGCUCGCCUACCAGAGUGCCAACCCGGGCCAGGACGACGACGACAUGGAGAGGGCAGCCCCCAUCACCAGCUCUACCGCCGCCGUCCAUCAAAAAACGGACCACCGCAGCACCCACAGCGAUGCAAGCGACCCUCUGCGAAGUCCCGGCCUUGGCUCCAGAGAGUACCGCCAGGAGCCCGUACCGUCCGCUGUCGGGUCAUGA